UUGUCCACCAACGAAUUCAGUCCAGAGCGUGUAACUCGGCUGAGAUCCCCCUUCAAAAUGAUCCAAGUCUUUCCAGCGAUGAUCAGAUUUUUUGUCAUGGUCCUUGGGAACACCGUGAAUUCCCACAAGACCUUCAUGGAGCGUCUGACAAUUUCACAAAAACUUCGUGGAGUGAAUUCGGUGAACGACAGUGAUGUCAUCAUUGCUUUUGUCCCAAUUGUGUCUCGAGCUGGAACUGACAUUGGAGCUGCAAUGGCCAAAAUUCCUCAGGGUAAGCCUGUUGUUCUCGUGGUGCUCCACCACACAUUCGAUCCGGAUUACAUCGCUCCAGACAGCAGACUCUGUGUAAACACAGACAGAGUGUUUGCUGUAGAUUGUCUCUAUCAUGAAGACCAAGGUCUGCUGAAAUGCCUGCUCAAUGACGACGCAAUCAGAGCCGUGAAGAAGCACCUGAGAUGCGACGACCACAUUGAGGACGACUCCAGCUGUGCACGCUGUGUUGGGUUCCAACUAUGUAUAUCCGAUGCAGAAACUGGGGGGGCGAUUUACCCUCAAUUUCCAAGGCAUGGAACAAAAACACGGGUUUUCUCAAUCAAUGAAAGUAGGAAAUUCUUGGAUGUCCAAAGUAAGAUUGAGGAACGGUUGAAGAAACGCCUUCAGCUCCAUCAAGUGGAUUCAGAGGAUUAUUGUGAUGUCAUCAUGGCUUUUGUACCCAUUGUGUCCCGGGCUGGAACAGACAUUGAAGCUGCUCUUCAAAAUAUUCCAACAAAUCGGCCUGUCAUCCUCGUGGUGCUCCACCACACGUUUGAUGAAAAUUACAUUGUACCACAGAGCAAAAGGUGUGUGAAUAGGGAUGGUGUAUUUGCUGCAGACUUCCUCUGUCAUGAAGAUAAGGGACUGCUGGAAUGCUUGACCAAUGAGGAGGCACUGAAAUCCGUCAGUGAUUAUCUGGUCUCUAUGGAACCCAGUACCCCGCUUAUACCAGUUAAUCCACGGCCACCCCGAAGACGUUCCAUCUGUUUGGGUGUCUUUGCUUUUCUUGUUGUUGUUGUUAUUAUUGCGCUACUUAUUUAUUUCAUUCAGAAAAGUCACGGACAUGGUGACACUCAAACUACGGUGAUACCUCCUAUAACUGUAACUACACAUCAGCCUAACAUAACUGAAACUACACAGCAGUCUAACAUAACUGAAACUACACGCAGUCUAACAUAACUGAAACUACACAGCAGCGUAACAUAACUGAAACUACACAGCAGUCUAACAUAACUGAAACUACACAGCAGCGUAACAUAACUGAAAUUACACAGCAGCGUAACAUAACUGAAACUACACAG